ACUUUCACUGCAAGCGAACUUAAAGAAGUCGCACAUAAAAUUUUCUUUUCCAUAUAAAAUUGUUUAAAUUAAUUUUUCAACAAAUUCCCAAACAUUAAUUUAAAUAUUAUUUAACAUCAAAUGGUUGUUAAUCGAAUGAGUAACGUUCUAAAAGUGUGAAAGAUGUCAAAAGUGCAUUAAAAUCGAAGCAAAGAAACGAACAAAUUUUCAUUCAAUUCUUGGGAAAACAAAAACAACAAAACAUUCAGAGCCCCAAGAGCUGCACUGGCUCUGGGUUUCUUUUUUUUCGUUCUUUCUUCUUCGUUUUGCUUCUUUUCUAUUGUGAAUAAUAAAAAUAAUGUGAUGAAAAAUUAUUGCUGGUGGAAUUAGAUUGUAAGAAGAAUUUUAUUGGCUUCUUCAAAGCUAAAGCAAAACAAAAACUUUGUGCGGAUUUUGGGCUUAAUUUGAUAACCAAACUAAACUCGACGUCGAGUCGACAUUCUAAUGAGGAAAAUUAACAAACAUCCAGAUUUUUACCAUUUGUCCAAGUUUUGCAAUUAAAAUAAAAGUGCACAUCCCCACACAGAACAAACAAACAAACCAUGGACGGAGAUGGCGAAGGUAAUUUGUUGGAGAUAAUGGAUCUUGCGCGUACCUUACGCCAAGAACAACUCUUUAUCCAAAAUGAACAAGCUGCCUUUGCAACAUUAACCGAAUCGUUGGCUUUGAGCUCUUCACAAAUAGCUGAGCUCGCUUACAUUUGUGCUCAACAAAGACAAAAUCUCAACGACCUGAUCACUUCUCGUCCCGAAACGGGUCCCUCAGUUUGUUGUAGUCGUGCUAAUUGUCUUGAGAACACUAAGUUCAUCGAUGCAAAUAAAGUUAAGUUUCUUAAAUAUGAGUACACUAUUGCCUAUGUGGAGCUUUUCAACUAUCUCUACAGGACUCCUUAUGUCUUGGCUAUGGCUCUGUCAACAGGCGAUCGCAUUCCAGAGAUCACUCCAAGUCAAAUGAAUUCCGUCAAUCAUACCAUAGCCACAGGACUCUAUGGCAAUGCAAUUCAUACGAAGGAUGUGGAGACUUUGCUCAAGCUACUGCGAGAACUAAUUGAGAUACAAAUUGCAGUGAGUGAAAAUCCGCGACGAAUGAUUCGAGCGGGGUCUUCAUCAUUUGCGCGGCUCUUUCAUCGUCUGAACGAAUCGAUGUUCUCGGCGAAGAUAUUCCUCACGGCCGCAUUAUACGAACCACUUAUGAAUGUGCUUGUUGAGAGCGAGACGAUGCUGGACGUCGAUCCCAAUAAAGUGGUCAAGAAUUUCAACAGCAAAGAGAGGCUAAAAAGAUUCGGCGAAGAAACAGCCGUAGACUAUCAGGAAAAAGUUCAGAAAUUCCGUGAGGAAAUCAUAACGAAGCUCCAUAAGCUUGCCAGUUCGUUCAUUUCGAAUAUAACCUCAAAUUGGUCACUUUUCCCUUCGACUCUGCGAUGGCUCAUUCAAAUUAUGUGCCAUCAGCUGAAGCAGGCACAAACCAACGAGAAGGACAUCAAUGAAAUCAUCACAGAUAUGGUUUUUACGCAUUUCAUUUGUCCAGCUAUCGUCAGUCCGGAUAUUCUGGGCAUCAUAGACGCCCCAAUCUCCGAGCUGGCUCGUUUUAAUCUCAUGCAAAUUGGACAAAUCAUUCAGAUGCUGGCUCUUAUGAAGUAUCAAGAUGUGGAUCCCAAGUUCAGCGAGGUCUAUCAACUUUUCGAUGCGAAUAUUGUCAGUAAGCUGCUGGACUUGCUGCUGGUCAGCGACUCGGGGGAGGAUGUCGUCGCUAUCAGAUCGCAGCAGAGUGAUUUUGAGAGGGCACAUCUGCUCGUCACCCAAUCGGAGCUAAAUACAUUCAUUGAGUUCUUUAGAGUUCUGUUGCAAAGUGAUGAACUGGCUCUGUUGGAAGAGGAUCGUCUCAAACUCAAAAAGAUCAUCGAUCAUCUCCCGGAACAUGUUCAAGUGAAUGGGAAUGGAGGAGCUGAUGUGCCUGUAGCCAGUACGAGCCCGACAGAAUUCCCACUUCGUUCGAAGCAUGGCCUUAUCAAUUUGGGAAAGAGCACGAAAAAUAAGCUCUCCAAGAGCCUCAGCAAUGGCGCAGCCUCUUUGACUAAUGGCCAUUCUUCGGCGGCUCAUUCUCCUCCUAACGUGCAUGCAGUGGAAGAGAACGAGCCAGUUUUGGUAUUCCGCAUUUGCAUUUCUGACGACAACACUUUGCAACCGCUCACCGAAGAGGAGGUCCUCAAGAUGAAUGCCAUUGGACAGGAAAUUACCGACGAUUCAAAUAAUAUUGAGAAGCUAGAAACCGAUAGUAUGGAAGGAGGGCCUUUGCUGCGUCCUCUGCAUGCCAAAACAACGAGAUUUUCCCUCUCACACGACGAUGCCUCGAUCGGAAACUCAGAUAACCUCGAGGCUGUGAGUGAAGCUCCGAGCAAUCACUCGGUGACGAGCUCUCUGGAAUUGGAGGAAAACGACCAGAAUGAUAAUCUCUCCGAUAUGGUUUCGGCGAACGUCUCGGGCCGUGGAACCCCAAAUAUCUCUGGCCGAGAUACGCCCUCAUCUCAGGUAACAGACGGUGAGUCAGUGACCAAUGUGAUUCCGACUCCCCAGAUGGCCAAGUUGCUGUCCAAGGCCCGUUCGGAUAUCGAGGAUAAAUUUUGCAAAUUCGAAAUCAAGAAAUUGAUGGAAGGUGAUGAGACUGUUUCGAUAAUUUCGGAUACUUGGAGCACGGACGUCCUGGCGAGUGAUUCUGAAACUCUGGAUGCCAAUGAACGGGAUCGAAAUUUCUCGACGCCACUCAUUCCAUCGGCAGUGGUUCUGCCAGGUGACAAUAAUUUUGACCCCCUAUCGAAUGCAAUUCCUCAGGCCAACUACUUGGAAGGCUCUGAGACGCGGUCCGAGUCGAACUGGAGCACCGAUGUGCUCGUGAGUGAUUCUGAGAAACUUGCCGAGGUCGAUACUGACGAUAACUUGAGCAUCACUGCUAAAUCGGACAUAACAAACGCUUCGGUGGCCGAAAAUCUCUGCACUCCCGACUCGCCCUUCUUCGCACCGCGUGCCAUGAACGUCAAUUACAACCCCGCCGAAUCUCCUGCCGAGUCAGUUGCUGGAGUGCCUAAUGGGGAACCCUCCCAGGACUCAGCUUUCUUCGAUGGAACGGGUCUGCAGGCAAUAUCUUCACUAGCUCGCAGCUCAGUUCGCACUACAAACCAGUAUUCGGGAGAGAACAGCUUUCAGCAGAACUACAAGAGUGACAAGGAAUCUUUCCUCUCGCCGCGCAUGAGGCGUCAGAACUCAGCCGAAAGCAGUAUCUCCAGUCAGAGUCUCAACAUGGAGGACAAGCCGUCGACAUCGAGGCCGAAGAAGCGACAGAAUAGGGCGUCGACUGCAUCAGUCAAGGAUCUCAUAGAUUUCUCAGAUUUUGACGACGCUGGUGGUGCAGUGGGCAUCGAGGAGAAGGUUGUGCCAGUGAACGAGGAUGAGGGGGAAUCAUUUAGUGACAUCUUCGAAGCUGUCGUUGUUCACCGCAGGUCGGGCAAUGAACAAAGAUCGCCCCCAUGUGAUGAUGGACGUCGCAAUGGGAUCAGGGUAGAGUCAGUAAAAGCUUCGGAGAGCAUCAACUCUUCGCUGGUCAAUAUCCGACGCCAUCAGAGUUUGAAUUAUGAAAACCACGAGAUAAUUGUAAAUAAAAACACCCAGAGGAUUACUAUGACGGAGUCAUCUGUCAGCGAUGACGUCAAAUCCCAACAGCAACAGAAUCAUCUCACCGAUGAAGCCAUGAUCACGCUCAAGACAGAGGAGCUGACUCUCAAUGGCCCGACACAUUCGUCUCUGGAAAAUGUAGUUCCAACACCACAAGCUCCAUCGACAUCUUUGUCUGCAACCACAACCGCAAAACCCAACAAGUCCACAGGCGCCAUCCCGAAAUCAAUAAGUUUCGAUGCUUCGGCGGAUAAGGCUGCGCGUAAUAAUAUGCACAUGCGUCGACUGCAGCAGGAACACUCCCUCAAGGCAGCUCUCAUACCCACAACCAGCAUAAGUGCCGCCGUCACUCACGGAGUCAAUGGAUCAGGGAUAUUCAAUAAGCUGAAACAGAAUUUCUUUAAGAAUCGUCGUGGCAAUAAGCAGCACCACGCAACCACCGAUGAUUUUCCCAGCCGCAAUGUGUCAUUUUGUACAAAUGCCGAGACUCUGGAAUUCAAUGAUGUUAAUAUGCAGGUCGAUUCAGCUGCUUCAGGAGUUGGAGGAGGAGCAGCAAAUGACCAGCAGUACUGUGAUAACAACGAAGAUAUUUUAGCCAAGUAUCGGACAAAAGCCUAUGCGUCCAAUUCGACAACGAACUCGAAUUCCACGGACAAUAGUUGUCAUGUUAAUCGAAAGAACUCCUCUGACAGCGACAAUAGAAUUCCUAGUGUUGUUUUGCAUGACAAAGUGGUGGCUUUCAAUGUGGUCAAGCGAAAGAUUCGAAAAGUCUUAUCCAAAACUGAUCUUCAUACUGGGGAUUUCCGACACACCACCUUCUCAAAUGCCUCUCCCUUGCUCACUUAUAUGCAAAUUCAAAUGGCCCAAGCAAUUAAUUUGCAAAAUUCCCAACAAAUCUCUUUCGUAUCCGAGGCCAUUCGAUGUCUGGCGACUCUCGAACCAGCCCAGCAUCAGCAGCUAAUGGAGGAGCUACAAAGUGACAUUCUUAAACGGCAAAGUUACCUGCAGUAUCUUAUGAGGUAUCGCCAAAAUUUACUCCUGAUAACCGAGAAUAUCAGUCAAUUCGAGCAACGUCUGAGAAGUGAAACGAAAAUAUGCAAUCGACAUUUGGUGGCGGUUUGCGUUCGAAUGUUUCUCGAGAAACGAGAAGCUCGCAUUGAGACUUUCCAUGAAGAUUUUAUUAAGCUUACUGCAAUUGACGAUAGGAUUUAUUUGCUGGAUGUUUUAAUGAAAGAUUUGAUGUUGGAAUUGGGUGAGGGUGGGUCGUUACAUGGAAUGGCUGAAUGGCAGCUACAAGAGGCAAGAAAAUCAAUAGAAAGAGCUCUAUUGCAGAGAUUGUAUCAACAUGUGAUGUUUCCAAAUGAAGACGUUGAUAUGCAUAGGGAUAAAGUUUUAAAUGAACAUAUCCGAAAACUUCAGCAAGUAAUAAAACCAUCUCAUCCAGCGUUACGUAUACCACCUGAGUAUUUAACGGAAGCACCAUGGACAUUUGCUCAACAGCAGUUAUAUUAUAUAUCAGCAUAUACGACUCCACAGGAGAAGCUACAGUGUGUUAUAAGAUGCAUCACCAAUAUCAUGAAUCUUCUUCAAAUGGCAUGCGAUCGUGUACCAGCUGCAGAUGAUUUAUUACCCGUUCUCAUCUAUGUUGUGAUUAAGGCCAAUCCACCAUAUUUAUUAUCAACAAUCGAAUACGUUACAAGUUUCAUCGGUGAAAAAUUAGACGGUGAAGAACAAUUCUAUUGGACUCAGUUUUGUUCGGUAGUUCAAUUCAUAAAAACCAUGGAUUAUUAGAAGAGAAUUAAGAAACAAAAAUAUUAAAAUAUUUAUUAAUUUUCAUUUUCUCCCCUUCACAUCUAAAUUUGUUUUUCUUUUUAUUAUUUCUUGUCUAUUAUUUAAUUUGUUUAGAACAAAAAAAAUUAUGUAUUUAAACAUUUAAAAAAAAAAACAUUUCCUUGUUACAUUUUGCCAGAUUUAUAAAUAUUCUUAAGCAGAAAAUUGUUAUUUUUUUACAAUUGUACAUCCGCGCAUUCUCAGCUGAAAAAGUUGAGAAAUUAUAAAAGAAAAAGAAGAAAAAACAACCAUAACAAAAAAUUGUGUUUCAAUAUAAAUUACAAACAAAAAAAGUAUAAAAACCUUUUUUACAUUUUUUCCAAAAAAAAGAAACUUUAAAAAACUUAAAUAAAAGAAAACAGAAAUGAGAGAAAAAGAAAACAGUUGUAACAAUGCAAUAACUAAUUAUUAAGUUAGAAUAUAUACUAAAAGAAAGUUUCGCAUACAUUUUAAUUAUGAAAAUAUUAUAAAGGCGUUUGUUUGUUAUUAAAGGAAACAAAUUAAAAAAAUUUACAUAAUAUUAAUUAAUUGAAAAAUAAUCGCCAUUGGAUUAAAUAAAAUGCUUCAUGAACACAAUAA